AGUAAUAAGAAACCAUCCUCAUUCCUCCAUAAUCAAAUCAAGAUUAAAAUAGAUUAGAGCUCCUCUAGAAAGACGAGACACUAUAGUCUAUAGACUGACAAAUCUGUUUGAAAAACAACACAAAAGAGGUUAUGAAUAUGAUUGCGAGCCAACUUCAGUACAUAACACAACGCUUUCCCCUCGGCAAUCUCGACCGUCCACCAAGCAUGAAUGCGACGACAGGCGGCAGACCACUGCUUGGGACUACUACCAGACGUGCAACCAACAUAUCCAUAAAUGCGAGCGGCCUUGUAAACGAUCGAUUAAAAGACGUGAAAGCAUUCGAUGAAACAAAACUCGGAGUCAAAGGCUUAGUUAACUCAGGCAUCACACAAAUCCCUUUUAUUUUCCACCACCCUUCAGAAAACCUCGUUAACUCAGAACCCGGCCCGGUUGCUGACCCGAUACCUAUAAUCGACCUUUCAGGCCCGACAUCGGAGGUAGUGGGCCGAAUCAGAGAUGCGGCGAAUAAGUUUGGGUUUUUUCAAGUGGUCAACCAUGGAGUUCCGAUUUCAGUGUUGGAUGGGUUGGUCAACGGAGUGAAGGGGUUUCAUGAGCUGCGGAUGAGGUAUUAUAGUAGAGAUAUGGUGAGUGGUGUGAAUUAUAUGUCGAAUGUCGAUCUUUACGUAUCAAAAGCUGCCAGCUGGAGGGAUACGUUGCAGUUACGUCUUGGCCCUACUCCUCCUGAUUUUGAUGCUAUUCCACCUGUUUGCAGAAAUGAAAUACUUGAAUGGGACAAGGAAGUAAAACAGCUUGGUGAGAGACUCUUGGGACUGAUUUCUCAAGGAUUGGGAGUUAAUGCUGAUAAGUUGAAAGAGAUGUCAUGUUCAGAAGGAAGAGUCAUGGUUGGCCACUAUUAUCCAUAUUGUCCCGAACCCAACAAAACAGUUGGGCUCGCGCACCAUACAGAUCCUGGUGUUCUGACAGUACUACUGCAGGAUCAAAUUGGUGGGCUGCAAGUUAAACAUAACGGUAAAUGGGUUGAUGUCAAACCAAUUCACGGUGCACUUGUUAUCAAUGUUGGUGACUUGCUUCAGAUCAUAUCAAAUGACAAGUACACCAGUGUAGAACACCGAGUGUAUGCUAACCCUCUACAUGAACCACGAGUCUCAAUCGCUGUGUUCUUCAACCCGGGCGUGAGGGAGAACUUGUAUGGACCAUUGCCAGAGAUAGUAUCAGCUGAAGAGCCUGCACAUUACCAGCAAUUUACGUUCACAAACUUCAUAACCAGGUUCUUUAAAAAGGAACUGGAUGGAAAGUCUUUAGUCAACUAUUUUAGUUUGGAAAACAAGUGAUAGAUUAUAGUAUAUGAUUAUGUAGUAAAUUAUUCAAUUGAGUCAUUUGAUUAUAAUGAUAA